CUUAUGGAAAAAGAUUCCCAGCAGUCCUAGGCACAGGCCUGGGUCCUUAGAGGUUUGAUUAAAGAUGUUUGGAGAUCAUUUGUAUCUAACUACUUGCAAGUGUUUUAGCAAACAGAGGUAAUCUAUGAAAGACUGUUUAUUUUGUAUAGGUCAUAAUUCAGUCCCUAAAGCUAUAGGGCAGGCAAAAAACAUUUCCUUUGUCAUUGGCACUUUGGCUGUGGAGACUUGGCUGGCACAGCUAGCGUGGAUGGACUUGUCAACCUGGGGAGGAACAGCUCUUUGUUACGUAAACUCCAUCUAGGAUGGCUAAUAAUGUUCACAUGAGUGGGCUGCUCAGCCGCCAUGAUGAUGAAGCCACCAGAACCUCCACCUCAGAGGGCCUGGAGGAGGGUGAGGUGGAAGGGGAGACUCUCCUGAUUGUCGAGUCUGAGGACCAGGCCUCAGUGGAUUUAUCGCAUGACCAGAGUGGGGACUCUCUGAACAGUGAUGAAGGUGAUGCAUCCUGGAUGGAGGAGAUGUCCUAUUACUGCGAGAAGUGCCAGAAGUGGAUCCCAGCAAGUCAACUGAGAGAACAGCUCAGCUACCUCAAAGGAGAUAACUUUUUCAGAUUUACUUGCUCCGACUGCUCAGAAGAUGGGAAGGAGCAAUUUGAACGUCUGAGAUUAACAUGGCAACAAGUUGUCAUGUUGGCGAUGUACAAUUUGUCUCUGGAGGGAACGGGCCGUCAGGGGUACUUCAGAUGGAAAGAAGAUAUUUGUGCUUUUAUUGCAAAACACUGGACUUUCUUAUUAGGGAACAGGAAAAAGACCUCGACAUGGUGGAGCACAGUCGCUGGCUGUCUCUCUGUGGGGAGCCCCUUGUUUUUCCGCUCAGGGGCACAGGAAUUUGGAGAACCAGGAUGGUGGAAACUGGUUCAUAACAAACCCCCAAUAAUGAAACCCGAAGGAGAGAAGCUGUCUGCAUCUGCACUAAAGGCAAAAGCAGCUUCAAAGCCACCUCUGGAUCCCAUCAUUACUGUGGAAGGACUCAGGAAGCGAGUAAGCCGCAAUCCAGUCGAGUCAGCCAUGGAACUGAAGGAGAAGAGAUCGCGCACUCAGGAAGCCAAGGAUAUUCGGAGAGCCCAGAAAGAGGCAGCUGGAUUCCUGGACCGGAGUACUUCCUCCACUCCUGUUAAAUUCAGCAGUCGAGGCCGUCGUCCUGAUAUUGUACUUGAGAAAGGAGAAGUGAUUGACUUUUCCUCCUUGAGCUCGUCAGAUCGCACACCCCUGACAAGCCCUUCCCCUUCUCCAUCUCUCGACUUCUCUGCUCCUGGCACUCCAGCCUCACAUUCAGCUACUCCCAGCCUUCUCUCAGAAGCAGAUCUCAUCCCAGAUGUCAUGCCACCACAGGCCCUGUUUCACGAUGAUGAGGAGAUGGAAGGAGACGGAGUCAUAGACCCAGGAAUAGAGUAUGUGCCCCCUCCCAGUGGGACAGCCAGUGCUGGCACUAUGAUAGCAGGUAGAAAAAAAGUGAAGACAGCUGAGCAGAUCAAGCAAGAGGUGGAGAGUGAAGAAGAGAAAACAGAACGGAUGGAAGGUGACAGUGAAGAUCCUGAAGAGUCAAAUACAUCCCUGCAGGUGAGGGGACGAGACAAGAGGAAGCCACACCUGGAGAAGGACGCUAAACCCAGAGCUCCCAAGCAUACCUCUGUUAGUAUCUAUGAGGAAAAGCUGCUGCUGAAAAGACUGGAAGCAUGUCCCAAUGCCAUGAGCAUGACCCCAGAGGCCCGGAGGCUGAGGCGCAAGCUGAUAGUCAGGCAGGCCAAAAGAGGACUGCCACUUUUUGACUUGGACCAGGUUGUGAAUGCUGCACUGCUUUUGGUUGAUGGGAUUUAUGGAGCCAAAGAAGGAAGUAUUUCCAGGUUCCCAACAGGGCAAGCAACAUACAGAACUACUAGCCAGGACUUCAGGAUCUUAGACAGAUACCAGACAGUGCUGCCUGCCAUGAAGGGAUAUCGACAGCAGAUAACGAAGUUUCUGUAUCGACUCGUGGGCUCAGAAGAUCUGCUCACAGACCACAGUAUUGUCAGCCCUUACACGUCCCGUGUCUUGAAACCUUAUAUCAGGCGUGAUUAUGAGACAAAGCCCCCAAAGCUCAGGCUGCUGGCAGAAAUCCGGGCGUAUCCACACAGGAAUAAUCUCAACUGGAAGGCUGAGCCAGAAGCACCAGUUGAUUACUGCUAUGUUCGCCCUAAUCACAUCCCCACUAUCAACUCUAUGUGCCAUGAAUUCUUCUGGCCAGGAAUUGAUUUGUCAGAAUGUCUGCAGUAUCCAGACUUCAGUGUUGUUGUCCUUUACAAGAAAGUUAUCAUUGCCUUCGGCUUCAUGGUGCCAGACGUGAAGUACAAUGAAGCUUACAUCUCUUUUCUGUUAGUUCACCCUGAGUGGAGGAGAGCUGGGAUUGCAACCUUCAUGAUCUACCAUCUUAUCCAGACCUGCAUGGGCAAAGACGUAACCCUUCACGUCUCUGCAAGCAACCCUGCUAUGCUGCUCUACCAGAAGUUUGGAUUUAAGACUGAGGAGUACAUUUUGGAUUUUUAUGACAAGUACUAUCCCUUGGACAGCAAGGAGUGCAAACACGCCUUCUUUCUCCGGCUGCGGCGCUGACCUGUCUGAGCUGUCUAGGGGUCUGUGAGAAGCACAAGCUGUCAAAAAAGCUACCACAGCUUUCAGUGGAGGAGGUCAGUUGCCACAUGAGAGUGUGUUUAUCCCUGUGACUUUGGAUGUCAGCAGUGCUAUGUUGUCUGCUGGAAAUGCAAUCCAAGAAGAUUAACUCCUAUGCUCCAAGGAUAAAGGCCUGGAAUUGCCAACUGGGAUAUGCUGAAACUACUGGAAGACUGAUAUUCUUUAUGGGGAAUUUUCCUGCCACUUACUUUGGAGAGUCUCACUGACAAACAAACAAACAAAAAUCCCAAACAAAAAAACCUUGUCCCUUCAGAGGGGCUCCAUGGAUUUCAGAUUUUGAAACCUGUCCCCAAAGUGUUGCAGCUUUUUGUUUCUGUUUCUGUUCAUGAAAAAGAAUGAACAUCUAAACUUAAAUCA